AUGGAUGAUAGUCGGAUGGGGCGACAUCUUGCUCGUAUCAGUCAAGAGGCCAAGAUGGAAAAAGAUUUUCAAGAGAGGACUGAUCAUGCAGCCAUAGUUAAUGCGAGAACAGAGAAGGAAAUUGCAUUAGGAACAGAAAUUGCUAAGCAGAGUCAAGAAGUAGCAUGUCAACUGCUCCGUCGUCAUUAUUUACGUGAACACGACCCAGCACUAAGGGAGUUGUUGAAGAAAUUGCAGGCUGGUUAUGUUUGCAAAGACCUAAGGCAGCAGAUUUUAGAUAAUGAGUAUAGACAAUUGCAAAGAAAAGCAGAAGAAAAACAAUCAAAUAGAACUCUUGAAAGUUCAUUCUUGAGCAAUACAGAGGCUAAAGAGAAAGAAGAAAGAGAAAGAAUGGAGAAGAAAAUAAAAUAUUGCCAAGAGAUGCAACAACAGCUGGUGAACAAGCAAAGGGUAAGGCAAUGUCAGUAUGAGGAAAUGUUAAUUGAGAAGAAGAUGUUGGAAGAUGUAAUGAGGACCUUGGCUGAUGAAGAUCAAAGAGAGCUGAAACAGAAACGGGAGCAGACAGAAAAGUUGCGUAAUGAAAUGGAAACCUUCAAGAAGGCCCGCGAGGCUUGGAAAAUGAAGCAGAGGGAACUCCUUGUGCUAGAAGAGAAGAAGAUAGAGGAGCAAAAGAAGGCUGCGUCCGAUAGAGACCAGGCUAUG